UGUGUCCAAGAGGGUGGGAAGCAAGUGAGGCGGAUGUGGUGUACAAGCUUCCUUUCUCAGCAGUCCCAGAUUCCUGGUCUAACAGAACCCAGAGACCAAGCAUAGCUAUUUCUACGCAAGAAUGGUACUUUAUUAGGAACAAGAAAAAGCUGAAAUAAACCCAACAAAGGCCAUGUCGAGAUCAUCGUUAAUCCAUCGCGUAACACCCUUCUUCACCUCUCGGAUUAGCCAAAAUCAAAGGCUGCUGAACUCCUCUUCUGCCCUUUGCGAAACUUCUCCAUCCCCUUCCCCUUCGCUCGAUGAAGCUAUUCACUUGACUGACAAUUGCGUCCGGAGGUUGAAGGAACUGCAAGCCUGUGAAGGGUUGACUGAGGAAAAAAUGCUUCGCUUGGGUGUGGAAACUGGUGGAUGUUCUGGUUUCCAGUAUGCAUUCGACUUGGACAGUAAAAUCAACCCAGAUGACAGAGUGUUUGAGAGUGGAGGAGUCAAAUUGGUAGUUGAUAAUAUUUCAUAUGAUUUUGUGAAAGGGGCAACUGUUGACUAUGUUGAGGAGCUGAUUCGUUCUGCUUUCGUAGUGACUACAAAUCCAAGUGCAGUGGGUGGAUGCAGUUGUAAGAGUUCAUUCAUGGUAAAACAGUAGUACUAGCAAAGCUCCAUACACUUUCAACACAGAUCAGAAUUCAUCAAUAUUGAUUUUUCAUUAGUGCUUAUUAAAUCUAUUUUUAACUUUAUUUUUUCCCCCAACUAUCAUUUGAGUCUAAUUAUUUGUGCCUACUCCUUGUGUAACAAUAAUUUAAUGAGGGUUUAUUUUUAUUCUAUCAUUGAUAAACUUCUAUGGACA